GAAUACUUAAUUCUAAUAUCUUAAAAUUUUAGAAGUUCAUUCCCCGCGCUCAACUCCAACUCUCCAAGCAUUGUGGAACCUUUUCGCCGUCGAACCCUUGCUCGGCCCUGCGUCGCCGUCGAACUCAGCCCUUCCUCGGCCCUGCGUCGCUGUCCUCGCCGGUGGGUGUGUGGUUUUGCCUCAUCUCCCCCGUCGCGUCGAUGUCCUCGCCGGUGGCUGAACCACGACUUUUCAGUCGCUGAAAACUCUCCUCUCCUCGGUGUCCUCCCCCGUCGUGGGAGUCUGGUGCUUGCUCGGCCGUCACUCUCCUCGCCACAACAAGUAAUUGUUUUUUUUAGUUUCGUUUUACAAGCCCUAAAAAAACCCUAGUUUCGGAAAUUAGGGCAAAGGAUUUCAAAUUUCGAUUGCUGUUUUGCGACAUAGAUUUUGUAAUCUAAGGGUUUCGUGUUGCGGGGGUGGUGUGUUUUGCUCAGGUGAUCUUCUCGACCUUUAAUUUUGACAUAAUUUUUAUUUUCAUUUUCGCAAACCCUAGAAUGUCAUCAAGUUUGGGAAAUUAGGGUUAGGGGGAAUGAAAUUGUGUUCGUUUUGUUUUGAUUUUCGACCUACUAGGUCAAUUGAGGAGUUGGGGGACAUUGAAAUUUGAUUCUGCUUGCAUAUGCUUAAUUUCUGUUGGGAUGGUGAUGGGGUGCUUUUUUGGGGUUAGUUCUUUAAAUUUUGAUGCUUUAUAUCUGUGGCAUUGAGUGCAAAUCUUUAUUUCGAGCUUGCCCUUGAUGCGAAGUGAAACUAGCUGUUGCGCAGGUAUUACUUUGAUCAUUAAUAGCUUGAAAUUUUUACUUCUAGUUAGCUUUUGCUGGUGGCAUCUGUAGAAUUUUCUGUCUUGCAUUACAGAGACAAUUUAUUCCUAAUUGUUCCUAAUUUUCUGUCUUGCAUUACAGAGACAAUUUCUUCUAGCUAAUUUCUUUCUCUUGAUGCAGAUUUCAUGCCUGCCUGACAUUGAAUAUUUAACCUUUCAAAAGCGCAAUGCAAUAUCAUCUACAAGAGGGAAGUCAAAGACUAUUUCUCCGCCACAACCUAUAGGAGUUGUUGUUGUUGUGUCUACCUUGAAACGUGGUAGGCUGCUUCUCAAGUUCAUGGAGGUCAAUUUUCUGCCAGGUUCGUUGAUGGAUCUGUCAGACUCUUUGACAUCAGAUUACCUGAAAUUGUCUCUGAAGCCAGAAGUUUUUGAAGGGAUGCAUGUAAAGCCCUAGCUUUACUCUCACCUGCAAAUGCAAUACACACAGAAGAAGACACCCAAAUAACAAGGCCAAACAACAGAACUGGAACAAGGAUAAAUAGAAGAAGGGAAGAUCAAUAAGGGUUUUUUCUACUAGUGAGCGAUCGAGUUGGUUUAGAUGUUAUAGAAUAAUAUUUUAUAUUAAAAUGUAUGCGUACGUUGAAAUUGAAACAUAUAAUUAAAUGUAGUACGUGCACUUUGGAUAUGUAUACAAAACACCAAUUAUUGUUUUUAUAUUUGUUCUACAGAUUGCGAUAUUCUAUUAUUGUUGUUGACAGGUUCCUAUAUUUGGUGCAAGGCACUCUAGGUAUAAAUAAU